AUGAUCAUCCCUGGCCGCACUCUCCUUACCAAGUCUAUUAUCCGGAAUGUUCGAUCUCCGGCUCUGCAGGUCCAACCCUGCGGCAUCGAUCUGACCCUGAAACGAGUCCUGGCAUGGACUUCGCCAGGCACAAUUGACUUGGACAACCACCUUCGUCAGACUGCGUCCACCAAGGAGAUCCCCUUCUCCUCGCCAGGCGAUACCGGUGGUACCGCCGAUCCACAAAAGCAGAGCUUCCUCGACCUCCCGCAAGGCUCUUACCUUGUCGAAUUCAACGAGACUGUCGCGGUGCCCCUUGAUCUCAUGGGCCAGAUCUUCGUGCGCAGCUCGCUCUUCCGGUCCGGGGUGCUGGUGAGUGCCGGCGUGAUGGAUAGUGGGUAUGUUGGUGCUGUUGGCGCGCUGAUGCAGGUUCUUAACCCGGCGGGGCUGAGGGUUUAUCCCUCUGCGCGGCUGGCGCAGUUUGUGUUUCAGCAGAUGGCCGAACCCGUGGAGGGGGGAGGACGAGAAUGUGAUGUGAUGGGGUUUUGUGCACUCUGCUCUAUCUGCAAGCUUGCCGGCCCCCGAGCAAAAGGGGGCAUGGUUCUCUAUGGUCAUUAUUUCUGGCAUGCUCGUCGCCCGUCUUGCCGCGGCGGCAGAUUACUCCAGUGCAAACUUGCUCUGCUCCCCGUCCCAACCAUGUCUGGUUUCAACAGCAGCAGCGAGAUCACCUAUCAUGACAUCCUGGCUGCUGGUCUGGCCAAGAGCGACAUCCACUAA